GCUGACUGCUGUUGGCGGCGUCUACCUACCCGUCUUCCCCCGAACAUAACGCACCCUGAAAAUGAACGUAUAUCAGGUGCAUGAUCUGCACCUGGCCGCGAACAAGUCCAGAUGAGGAAUUUGUGCGGACCUCGGAUCAGCGACGAGCGGGUGUCUCGGCCGCAGAGACAUGGACAUGCGAGCUCGUAACAGCACAGUGACUCUUUUCGUGAUGGUUUCCUAAGGUAUUGCUCGGCUCUGAAGAUGUCAGACCACUCGGUACUUGCUGAGAAGUCUGAGAACGCUGAGAACGCUGAACACUCUGAGAACGUUGAGAAGGCUGAGCAGCACUCUGAGAACGCUGAGAAGGCUGAGCUGAACUCUGAGAAGACUGAGAACGCUGAGAACACUGAGAAGGCUGAGCAGCACUCUGAGAACGUCGAGAAGGCUGUGCUGCACUCUGAGAAGACUGAGAACGCUGAGAACGCUGAGCACUCUGAGAACGCUGAGCACUGUGAGAACGCCAAGAAGGCUGAGAUGCACUCUGAGAACAACGAGAAAAACGCUGAGCAGCACUCUGAGAACGCUGAGCAGCACUCUGAGACAGCUGAGGUGCACUCUGAGACCGCUGAGCUGCACUCUGAGACCACUGUGCUGCACUCUGAGACCGCUGUGCUGCACUCUGAGACCGCUGAGCAGCACUCUGAGACCGCUGAGCAGCACUCUGAGACCGCUGAGCAGCACUCUGAGAACGUUGAGCAGCACUCCGAGAACGCUAAGCACUUUGAGAACGACAAGAAGGCUGAGCAGCACUCUGAGAACAACGAGAAAAAAGCUGAGCAGCACUUUGAGAACGCUGAGCAUCCUCAGAGCAGCAGUGUGAACUUGGACCACGUGCAGAACGCUAGGCAUUCUGAGUGCUUGUACAAUGGCGGAGAGUCUGAGCACGCUGAGAAUGCUGAGCACUCUGAGGACGCUGAAUGCUCUCAGAACAGCGCUGCGCACAUCGGCCGUUCUCAGAACGCUCAACACUCUGACUACUCGAAGAAUUUCGGACAGUCUCGGCGCUCUGAGUACGCUGGCCGCUCUGAGAACGCUGAGCACGCUGAGAACGCUGAACACUCUCCGAGCCGCACUAUGCACUCCCGAUGCCCUCAGAAUACUGAGAAUGCUCAGUGUGCGAAGAAUGCCCGACAGUCUGAGCACCAUGAGAACCCUGAGCACGUUGGGGAUGCUGGGAACGCUGGAUGCCAUCAGCAGCCUGACGACAGCGGGGUCUCGUCGGGAUCCUCAUCGGGACCGGGGGACGUUGGAUGGUUGGGAUUGGUUUUAAAUGGGCUCGAGAUCGACAGCGACGAAUGUGAACCAGUUGGUAGAAACUCAGAGACUGUGGUGGAUGAGCUGGCGGAGGAGUUGGCGGUGCUUAAAGCGUCGGAUGUAGGUGAUCUGCAGUCGUGUGGGGUGGGGCCGAUGCAAGGUGGUCGGUCUCUCUUCAAUGGUGGAGCAAAUCUAGCCGUUGGAUAUCGAUUCAAAUGGUAUUCGAAAUGGGAACCUAUCUAUGUUUGUCAGCUACCUCAGAGAGGCUUGUCGUUCCAGCUAUGGCCGUCGGCUCAAGUGAUGUGCUAUUUCCUUGAGACGAUGAGCCAACUCGCAAACUGGUAUCCUUUGCCGGGGAAGAAUGUUGACAGUGCCAACAUAAACAUUGGGGACAAGAUUAUGGAUAAGGGUAAUGAUAAGAAGAUUACGGAUACGGUUACGGAUAAGAUUAAAGAUAAGGAGAUUGAGUUUGUCACUAAGCAAGUGCCUUGCCGCGGUGCGGGAAUCAGCCUUGUCGUGGGUAUGCAAACUCAGUCACUGGAGACCGAUGGCAGUGGGAAUUUGGCCAGUGAUGAUGACGCGGACUUUCCGGAUAAGGUUAAGGAUAAGGUUGUGGAUAAGGUUGUGGAUAAGGUUGAUUUUGUCUCUAAGCAAGUUCGUCUUCCCGGCCCAGGAAUCGGCCUCAGUUUAGAUACGCGAACUUCCUCGUCAGAGACCGAUGGAAUUGAGCAAUUGGCCAGUGAUGACGUGACACGCGGAGAGAAUAGCAAUCGGUCCAUUGAUGACGUGGUAGCUUGUGCAGCAACAGGAGUGGAAGCAAGAGAAGCACACGCAGCAGCAGCAAAAGCAAGAAGAAGAGGAAGAGGAGUAGAAGGAGGAGGAAGAGGAGGAGAAGGGGAGAGAAAUGACAAACGCGAGGGCAAUUUGAGAGGACUUCAUGUGCUUGAGAUCGGGUCAGGUACAGGGCUGGUCGGGAUAAUGGCCGCUCGCUUGGGCUGCAAGGUGACUGUCACUGAGUUGCCAGAAGUUUGUCAGAACCUUGUCCAGAAUGUACGGCUGAACGAGACCAAUCUCUUGCAAUCUGAUGGUUGUGUGGAUGUAAGGAGCUUGAGGUGGGGUGAGAUGGAAGACGUGGAAGCUUUUUGCAAUAACACGCGGCAGAGUACUUCCGGAUCAUUGCCCGUUGAUCUGAUCGUUGGAUCUGACGUCGUGUACUACGAGCAUUUGUUUGAGCCGUUGAUCUCAACGCUGAAGUGGUUGACUGACAAGAAGAGCAGUGCUCAUAUUGUAGCCGGCGAAGUUGGAGCACCAGAACGCAGAGGAGGAGGAGGAGGAGACGGUGAUGGUGUACGAGUAAGAGGAAGUGGUAGGGGAACUGCGGAAAGAGGAGGCUGCGAAGGGUCGAACGGCUAUGGUGUUGUAGUAGGGCAUGUAGGAUCAAUAGGAGGAGGGGAAGGAGGGGGAGGAGGAGGGGAAGGAGAGGGAGGAGGAGGAGCGGGAUGUGAGGGGUUAGUAGUAGGAGAAAGAGGCAGCGGAUCAGGAGGAACAGGAGGAGGAGGACAAAGAUCGGAUGGCUAUGGUGGUUUAGUGGGGCAUGAACGAUCAAUAGGAGGAGGAAGAGGAAGAGGAGGCGAAGGAGGAGGGCGAGGAGGAGGUGGGAGAGGAGUAGGAGAGGGAUGUGAGGGGUCAGGAGUAGGAGGAAGCGGCAACGGUUCAGCAGGAAGAGGAGGAGGAGGAGAAGGAUCGGAUGGCUAUGGUGUCAUAGUAGGUUGUGGACGAUCAAUAGGAGGAGCAGGGGGAGGUGGGAGCGGAGGAGGGAGAGGAGGAGUUGCAGGAUGUGACAUCUCCGUCAGAGAUUCACAAUUAGGCCGUGGAGGAGGAGGACGGCGAGGAGCUAUGGAGGGAAAAGGAGAUGGAGAAGGAAGUGAUAGCUAUGGCGGAAUGGACCGUGCCGGGUUGAUUUUAUACGAGUCUUUGCGCUCAGGUUGCCCACCGGUCUUGAUCGCUCACAUGCGACGAUGGAAGAAGGAUGGCAAGUUCUUCCGAAUGGCCUCUAAGUAUUUCGAUGUCGAUCUCAUUUACAAGCAUCCUCCUCCGGACGGUGCUCGCAAAGGGGUUGAGAUCUAUUGCCUCUCUCGCCGCAAGCAAGGACAUGGCGAUCUGAGAAAGCAGCAGCCGUAGCUGAGCUUCUUCCAGCCAUAACUGAGCUUCUUCUAGCCAUAACUGAGCUCCUUCUAGCCAUAACUGAGCUCCUUCUAGCCAUAGCU